GCUCCGGCGCGCGGAGACCGCGGCGCCCGAGUCACGUGCUGCCGCGCCAGCAAAUGAACACCCGCGGGCGCGCUGACGUCUGAGCAGCGGCAAGGCUGAUGACAGCCGGGCCCCGUCACGUGGACGGGCCCACUCCAAUGGGCGGCACCCGAGCGACGCGAAGUUCCCGGCGGCCUGUGCGGCGGCGGUGGUUGGGUGGUAAGAUGGCGGCUGUGAGUCUGCGGCUCGGCGACUUGGUGUGGGGGAAACUCGGCAGGUAUCCUCCUUGGCCUGGAAAGAUUGUGAAUCCACCCAAGGACUUGAAGAAACCACGUGGAAAGAAAUGCUUCUUUGUGAAGUUUUUUGGAACAGAAGAUCAUGCCUGGAUCAAAGUGGAGCAGCUAAAGCCAUAUCAUGCUCAUAAAGAGGAAAUGAUAAAAAUCAACAAGGGAAAACGAUUCCAGCAAGCUGUGGAUGCCGUGGAAGAGUUCCUCAGGAGAGCCAAAGGGAAAGACCAGACAUCAUCCCACACUUCUGCUGAUGACAAGAGUCGGCGUAAUUCCAGUGAGGAGAGAAGUAGGCCAAACUCAGGUGAUGAGAAGCGCAAACUUAGCCUGUCUGAAGGGAAGGUGAAGAAGAACAUGGGAGAAGGAAAGAAGAGGGUGUCUUCAGGCUCUGCAGAGAGAGGCUCCAAAUCCCCUCUGAAAAGAGCCCAAGAGCAAAGUCCCCGGAAGCGGGGUCGGCCCCCAAAGGAUGAGAAGGACCUCACUAUCCCCGAGUCUAGUACCGUGAAGGGGAUGAUGGCCGGACCUAUGGCCACGUUUAAAUGGCAGCCAUCUGCGAGUGAGCCUGUCAAGGAUGCAGAUCCUCAUUUCCAUCAUUUCUUGCUGAGCCAAACAGAGAAGCCAGCUGUUUGUUACCAGGCAAUCACAAAGAAGCUGAAAAUAUGUGAAGAGGAAACUGGUUCCACCUCCAUCCAGGCAGCGGACAGCACAGCCGUGAAUGGCAGCAUCACACCCACAGACAAAAAGAUAGGAUUUUUGGGCCUUGGACUCAUGGGAAGCGGCAUCGUCUCCAACUUGCUAAAAAUGGGUCACACAGUGACUGUCUGGAACCGGACUGCAGAGAAAUGUGAUUUGUUCAUCCAGGAGGGGGCCCGCCUAGGAAGAACCCCCGCUGAAGUUGUUUCAACUUGUGACAUCACUUUCGCCUGUGUGUCGGAUCCAAAGGCAGCCAAGGACCUGGUGCUGGGCCCCAGUGGUGUGCUGCAAGGGAUCCGCCCCGGGAAGUGCUAUGUGGAUAUGUCAACGGUGGAUGCGGACACAGUCACUGAGCUGGCCCAGGUGAUUGUGUCCAGGGGGGGGCGCUUUCUGGAGGCCCCAGUCUCAGGGAAUCAGCAGCUGUCUAACGACGGGAUGUUGGUGAUCUUAGCAGCCGGAGACAGGGGCCUAUAUGAGGACUGUAGCAGCUGCUUCCAGGCUAUGGGGAAGACCUCCUUCUUUCUAGGUGAAGUUGGCAAUGCAGCCAAGAUGAUGCUGAUUGUAAACAUGGUCCAAGGGAGCUUCAUGGCCACCAUUGCGGAGGGGCUAACCCUGGCCCAGGUCACAGGCCAGUCACAGCAGACACUCUUAGACAUCCUCAAUCAGGGACAGUUGGCCAGCAUCUUCCUGGACCAGAAGUGCCAAAAUAUUCUGCAGGGGAACUUUAAGCCUGAUUUCUACCUGAAGUACAUUCAGAAGGAUCUUCGCCUGGCCAUUGCCCUGGGCGAUGCCGUCAACCACCCAACACCCAUGGCAGCUGCAGCCAAUGAGGUGUACAAAAGAGCCAAGGCACUGGACCAGUCCGACAAUGAUAUGUCUGCCGUGUACCGAGCCUACAUACACUAAGCCGUAGAUGCCCUGCCCCAGCCCUCUGAUCUUCCCUCGGCCCCCUCUUCCCGACAUGGGGUUGGGGUCCUGGGAUUUAACUCUGGACCAGUCCACCUGUCUCCAUUUCCUUUUAUACAGACUUGAGACUUGCCAUCAGCACAGCACACAGCAGUACCCCUCCCUGACGCCCUGGGAGGGAGGGGUGUCACCAGGGUUGGCUUGUGAGGAAGCUCUUGAGCUGGGCAAUGGCCCCGACUAGGUGGCUGUAUGUACACACACACACACACACACACACACACACACACACACACACACACGUGCGCGCUCUCACCCCAGGAUAGAAGCUGCCCAGAAACUGCUGCUGCCUGGCUUUUUUUCUUCUAAGCUUAUCAAACCCUUCCAGUUGAACUAGAAUCAGCAGAGGUUGACAUUGUGUCCUAGUCCCUACCUGCACCCCUGCAGGGAAAGGCUCAGGGCCAGGAUGAACCAGCACCAACUCCCAGCAGUGGUUUGAAUGGGCCCUCCAGCCUCAGCUGAGAAGGAUGUGAAGGAUUUUCGAGUCUAAGCUACCGAUGUGCACCCACCUCUUGUAAAGGCCUUUGUAAACUGCGAAGAGACUGCCACCAUCUCACACAGGCGGACUUGGCCCUGCAGCAAGAGCAGCAAGCAGCCGGGCUGCAGAUCGGCACAGCUGCCUAGCUCUUCAGCUACUACUCAACACCUAUUAGCCCUUCAAGCCUCAGCUGGGUCCAGGGUCCUUGCUUCCCUGCAGUGGAGCUUGCUCCUCCCCAGGCUGUUAGUGUUUGGAUUUGCAUUCCAGCCCUUGGGAAGAGUGCCCUUAGAACCCUGAGCAGUGGGGAGUGAGGGCCACUCCUUCCUGUUUCCGUUAUGUCACCGUCUUCACCUGGCUCUGGGGAGCCACUGAGCUGGCCAACCUGACCCAGCCUGCCCUGCGCUUCCUCUGCAUGCCCCAUCUCUCUUCACUCUCUUCUCCCACCUUUCCUCCCAUGGAGGCAGUAUUUCUGUCUGUCUCCUAUCUGGCGCAAACCCAGCCUGACCAAUGAUGAGCAUUUCUUAGGCUCACUUGAUAGGGAAUGAGUGUCUGUUCCAGCCAGCAUCAACGCUCUUCACUGCUGCCCAGGCCAGGGUUUGCUGGGUGGGAGAGGACUGGGCCUGACCUAAUCUGAAGUAACUGACCCUCAGAGGUGGAGCUGGGAUGUCCUUGAGGUCCUAGCAUUUCUCCUUGGAUUGGGGACCAGUGGCUUAAAAUGUCGCAUGAGAACAAGGAGGAGUUCCCCCAAGGGAUGUCAGCUGUUUUUUCUCUCAUGGGGUGGGUUUUCCAAAGUCACAAUUUACAGUUUAACUAUGUAAGGUGGCCACACUGGUGUGGGGCAGGGCAGAUGUCCGUGGGUGCCGCACACUUGUUCAUUUCACUGGGAUUUUGAACUCAUUUGUCUGAACACAGCCUGUCUUAGUCUUGGUGGACACACUGAGGGUGGGGGUGGGGGAAGGCACUGUAAUGAAACCGGUUAGUCAAUGUUGUCUUAAUAUUGUUGACAAUUCUGUAAAGUUUCUUUUUAUGAGUAUUUCUGUUUAAGGUAUUUCACGUUUGUUUUGAAAUCUUCCCUUCUGAGGAGAAAAUGUGACACUUGUGAAAAAGCUUGUAAGAAAGCCCCUCUUUUUUCCUUUAAACCUUUAAAUGACAAAUCUAGGUGAUUAAGGUUGUGAGUUUUCAUUUUUGCUUUGUUUUUAAUGAACAUUUGUCUUUCAGAAUAGGAUUGUGUGAUAAUGUUUAAAUGGCAAAACAAAACAUGAUUUUGUGCAAUUAACAAAGCUACUGCAAGAAAAAUAAAACAUUUCUUGGUAA